CUUUACAGACCAAUAUAAAUGAAGGUUUUGCGGUCAAGGCAUCGGGAAGUGGAAAAGCUACAUUAACGGUGAUGGCUGUUUACUAUGAGCUAGUGAGAGCGGAGGAACAAGAAUGCAAAGACUUUGAUCUGUCAGUCACUGUGAAUAAAGAAAUUCUUGCUGGACAUAAUGCUUUGGAGACAAUUUCUCUCAACAUCUGCUUCAGACACCGCAAACCUGUAGAUGCUACCAUGUCCAUCAUUGAUAUUUCCAUGAUGACUGGAUUCUCCCCAGAUGAAAAAGACCUAAACAAGCUUAAGAAUGGAGUGGACAAGUACAUCUCUUACUUUGAGAUAAACAAAGGGGCAUUCGAAAAAGGAGCUCUAAUCAUCUACCUGCAGCAGGUCUCGCACAGUGAGGAACAAUGUCUGAAGGUUAAACUUAACAAAUAUUUAAAUGUGGGACUUGUCCAACCUGGAUCCAUCACAAUCUAUGACUAUUAUUCACCAGAAAGUCGCUGUCAAAAGUUCUACCACACCCAAGAAGAUAACAAGUUAUUUGGUCGCAUUUGUCGGGGAAAUGUGUGUCAAUGUGCUGAAGGCAACUGCUUGAUGAAACAAGAGACAACAGACAAAAACAGAGCUUUAGAUCGAAUGACUAAGGCCUGCAAAUCUGGAUCAGACUAUGUGUUCAAGGCGGUGGUUCUUAAGAUACAUUAUGAAAAGGACUUUGACACAUAUGAAAUGCACAUUAAAGAGGUCUUCAAGAGAGGAACGGAUGAAGAUGCCAAGGGAAAGCAACGAACCUUUAUCAGCCACAUCAAGUGUCGAGAAAAUUUGGGUUUGGAGACAGGAAAAGAUUACAUCAUCUAUGGCUCCUUCCAUAAUGUAUUUCACACAGAGACAUCAGGCUACACCUAUGUCCUGGACAGCGAUUCUUGGAUCGAGUGGUGGCCAAAUGACAGAGAGUGCCAAAACCCUAAGCAUUUAGCCCUCUGUAAUGACUUUGCUGCAGUUGCUGAUGAACUCGAAGUUGUUGGAUGUCAAAGUUGAAAACAAACAGUUCAAAUCUUAU